CUCGAGCCCCAAGAAGACCCCCCUCUCCCUCGGACUCAAUCUCUCUUUUGACUCUAUAUAUGUGGGCACCUGAUAUCUAUGAGGGUUCACCCACCCCGGUGACAGCAUUCCUUUCUAUUGCGCCUAAAAUCUCUAUUUCUGCAAAUAUGUCACGUGUUUCUAUUGUUGCUUCCUAUGGGGGUACAUUACAACAAAUCUUCUUUUUCUGCAGCAUUGCUUCUAUGAUCUUAGGAGCAUUGGCCGCCAUGGCCCAAACGAAAGUCAAAAGACCUCUAGCUCAUAGUUCGGUUGGACAUGUAGGUUAUAUUCGUACUGGUUUCUCAUGUGGAACCACAGAAGGAAUUCAAUCACUACUAAUUGGUAUAUUUAUUUAUGCAUCAAUGACGAUAGAUGCAUUCACCAUAGUUCCAGCAUUACGGCAAACCCGUGUCAAAUAUAUAGCGGAUUUGGGCGCUCUAGCCAAAACGAAUCCUAUUUCGGCUAUGACCUUCUCCAUUACAAUGUUCUCAUACGCAGGAAUACCCCCGUUAGCCGGCUUUUGUAGCAAAUUCUAUUUGUUCUUCGCCUGA